AUGGAUAUGGAUUACAUCGCUUUUCUUACUUCUACGCGAUCAAAAUUUGCUCUUUAUGUUUCAAUUCCAAUUUGUAUUAUUUGUAUUCUUAGCGAAUUAUUAAGUGUUUCAAUUUUUCUAAGUUUAAAAACUUUUCGUCAAAAUUCUUGUUCAUUUUAUUUAAUGUUUAUGGCAUUAUUUAAUCUUAUUCGAAUGAUAUUUAGUACAUCAUUUAUUGCUGUCUCUAUGGCAUUUUCAAUGAAUUUUACAUCGAUUUCAUUUUUAUAUUGUCAAAUAAGAACUUUUCUUGUGUCUACAUGUAAUUUAUCAGCUGUAACAUGCUUAUGUUUAUCAGUCAUUGAUCAGUAUUUUGCUACAUGUACUCGUCCGCAAUGGCAUAGAUAUUCCAAUAUUCGAAUUGCACAUCGUGUGAUAAUAACAAUCACAUUAAUUUGGUGUUGUCAUGCAAUACUUUUUCUUAUUAAUUUCAAUCAAUUAUCACCAAUAAAUCCAUCGAUCUGUAUUUCAUCAAAUUUUAUAUUUCUUCAAUAUAAUGUUUAUUUAUAUUUUAUAACAUAUGGAAAUCUUUUUCCAUUAAUAGCUGUAAUAUUUGGUUUAUUAGCUUAUCGAAAUGCUCGAACUUUACUAGUACGAACAAAUCCAAUUAUUCGACAAGAAUUAGAUAAACAACUGACAACAAUGGUUCUGGUAGAAAUAUGUGUUUAUGUUUGUACUUAUACACCAUUUUCAAUAGUCAAUUCAAUAUCAUCAUUAAAUACAAAUAAGGAACCAGUUUUCCUUGCUAAAUUAAGUUUAGCUAAUGCAAUUGCAUUAACAUUGAGUUUUCUAAGCAAUGGAAAUUCAUUUUAUACUUAUGUGUGUGUUUCAAAACGAUUUCGUCGACAAGCAAAAUAUGUUUUAUAUGACCUGUUUAUCAAUAAAUGUGGACGAGAAAACCAAAUUAUUCCAGUUAAUACGGAGAAUCCAGCAGCAACAGAAUGA